GAUUUUCCGUGAGUUCAUCACCACCAUAUUGCGUAUGUUCAUGUUGUAUGGCUCAGUUCCCUUCGGAUUUCUCAAACUUUGAUUCUACUUGUACACUUUUCUCUUACUUGGAUCUCAGCAACAUCAGUAACCAACAUCAAACUCAGAAUAUGGAGGAAAUUGACAAUGACGAGGUUAUGGAGGUACCUGAUACUCCUGAUAGAUUGAGAGGGAGAAGAUAUAGUGCAGAAGAAUCAAGUUCCCCAUUAAUGGGUGAUUGCGCAAAUGAAUUUAGUUCUUCGCUGAUGGGUGAUUUUGAAAGUUCUAAUUCUAAUAAUAGUCGGAGGAACCAUGUUAAGCCGAGCCUUAGAAAUGGAAAUUCAACUAAGAAAUUGUAUACUUGCCACACGGAAGAUUCCAACUUUUGUGAGCAAUCGAACAAAGUAGAUCGUACAUACAAAUCUUUGUUAGAUAGUCCAACACCAUCUUCGGUUUCUGCAUACGGUCGUUCUAGAAGAACAAUGGGAGACCAGGUUUUCAAGGUGCCAGCGGCUCCCAUGCCUUCUGCACUUCCUCGUGAUCCUAGAGGGAGUAGUAAUGUACUGAAAUUUGGAGGUGGGUCAUCUCAUAAGGCUGAAGUAGUAGCCUCUGCUCACAAAUAUUUAGGUAAUGAAAUUAUGAAGAAUACGGUGGCUAGAAAUAGCAGAAGCCGUGAUACAGGUAGCUUUACUCAUUCUAAGAUACCUAUGGAACGGCUAACAAGCGAAGAUGACAACACUGAUUUGGAUUCGAUUGUGAGGGGUGAUUAUGCUGGAAUGCGUCAAGGGGCUUGGUCACAUGGUGCAUUAAAAGAUCAUCCUAUUAAAGAUGUCAAGAAAGGUGAUAUGAGAUCUUAUUCUCUAGAAACUUCUGGUGCAGAUUUGGAUCAUAAGGAAGAUAUUGUAUCAUCUCAGUCCAAAGCUGACCAAAAGGCCAUAAAUAAAAACACUGGCCGUAGGAGGCUGAUAGCUGUGCGCAAUGGGUGUAUCUCUCCAAGUAAUACAGCUAUGUCCAAACAUAAAUCUGAAAGCCAUGUUAGUAGCUCCAACUUUGAACAGGGUGAAAUUAAGGUGAUUAGUAAUAGUGGAACUUUGUCACGUGAGAUACAUAGCCUUGCCUCUAGUUCCGCAGGGAACCAAUCUGUUAGAUUGGACAAAGGGAAAGGAAAAAUGGUGAUGAUUGAUCCACCUCACGAGAAAGAAUACAAGUCUAAAGUCAUACCUGGCAGGUGCUCGAUCUCUAUCAAAAAUGACAAUGGAAUUAGCAGUGCCAGAUAUUGUGAAUUAAAACGCCCGGAGGAAAUAGAUGGUUGGAGAAGCACUCGUAGGCACUCAAAUACAUCUUCAGAGAUGCCUGGUUUUCCUUCGCCUGCACGAUCAUCUCAACAAUCUUUCAAUGCUGGCCCUGCAGGACCAGAAAACGAAACACGUGAUAGAUUGAAGAAAAUUACUAAAAGACAAAGGAAACAUUCUUUACUUCGUAGUAACUUAGAGGAAUGCUGUACGUCAGAUUUUGAUGACUCUGAAAUUACUUACAUUGGGUCUUCCGGGGAACCUGCAACUGCUAGAUCAACCAGAAGCCGAGUUCCUCGUCGUCUUAGCACCUCUUGUCCGAUUGUUGAAGUGGAUGAGUCCCCUGAAAUACGACGUGGAAGACCUGAAGAUUCAAGUCAAAUGGUCGAUGGUGACUUGGAUGCAAGGCUCAGACAAAUGGAAGCAGAUGAAAUAUUGGCUCGUCAACUUCAGGAACAGCUCUAUGAUGAGAUGCCUGGAGUUGGGUUUGGAGAGAAUGAUGCAAGUUUAGUGUGGAGGCUGCAACAACAGGAGCAACCGCAACACCUUUCCAUUGGAGGUCAGCACAGAUCAACUCCUAGAGAUUCUUCAAUGUCCCAUUUGUAUGGACAAUGCACAUCCCAAUCUUUUGUGGACAACUCAGUUCUGCCAGCAAACCGCAGUUCUCUCUACACGAGAACUGCACGUUUGAGAAACAAUCAUCAACGCCCUCAGACGGUAUCAUCGUCUAGGGGGAGACAAACUCAGUUCCCUUCUACUGUGGAUAUUGAUUCGAGGAUGCGUAUAUUGGAAGCUUUGGAAGCAUUAAGUGAAAGAGGCACCAUGACGAUGGCUAGUCAUUUCCUUCAAAUUCAGCGUGAUUUCAAUGAGAAUGAUUACGAAAUGUUACUGGCCCUUGAUGAUAACAAUCACCAACAUGUUGGUGCAUCUGUUAACCAGAUUAAUGGCCUGCCACAGUCAACAGUUCAGACUGCAAGCUUCGAAGAAGCUUGUGUAAUCUGCCUUGAAACCCCUACAAUUGGAGAUGCUAUUCGGCAUCUACCCUGCUUGCAUAAAUUUCACAAAGAUUGCAUUGAUCAAUGGUUGAGAAGAAGUACGUCGUGUCCUGUUUGUAAGUCUGGCAUUAAUUUUGAAGGAAGUGUCCCCUGAGGACUCUUAAUUGAUUAACAUAGCCCCGAUGUAAUUUGUUUGCCUAAGACGUUCGCAUUUUCUUUUAUAAUCUUCAAGUAAUUGUAACAUGUAUUUUAGUUUUGUCACGGUGGAAUAGUAUUUACAUACACGAUUGGUUCAGGCUGUUCAGCGUUGUGAACCAUUUGUAAUGCUGCGGACAUCUUUAACUAGUAGUCUUCAGGAGAUUAGAAGCUCUUGGUUGAUGUGAAAUUAUGUGAUAUUUGAUUAGAAAUCACCCUAUGCAGGUAUAGGAAUACCUGCCGUUAGUUGGA